GUGAAAAUAGUGGAAGACGACGUCUUGGAAGCCAAAACUGCCUGCAUCGAAGUCUGAGAUCUAAUUUCGGCCUCACGUGGCACCCAGCUUUGUUGGGGUCGAUUGAUGUGCAUACAUAUAUGGGGUGACGGAUGUACAGCGCACGUGACCGAGCACGUGCACAUGGAGGAAAAGUCGCCUAUCUUCUCGAUCGUCUUGUCUCGUGAGACGCCUGAUCAUCCCCAUUUUAUGCACAAGCGCAUCCCUUGCGGCACGUGACUUACGACGCGUCGAAUGGGAUUAGACGGAAAUUCUCUUCCAAAAUUGCUGGCGGAUUGGCUCGUGAGUCAUCGAUACCACGUUGGAUGCGAAGCAUAUUGAGCUCAGGUACAAUUCCGCAGAAAUAGUGGAGGACUUCCGUACGGCAAUAAGGAACAAACGAAUCCAAAUGACGUCUGGUGAUCGAUAUGAUCGUCGUUUCAGCUGACGAAAAUAUUCGGGUAUAAGUGAACAAAUGAUUUCAUUUGCAAAAGUUUAUAAUGAUACUGUUACUAGAUGAUACUGUUACUAGAUGAUACUGUUACUAGAUGUUCAUAUUAUAAAUAGAUGUCUAUUAUGGUUUUUAUUAAAAAAAUUAUUUUUUAUAGAUUUUUUUCUUUUUCUUAUUAAUAAUUUAAGAGAGUAAAUUCUAUUUCUUAAUAUAUUAAUUUAUAGAGAAAAGGCGCCAAAACUGACAUAGACUUUUUAAAGAGACAUACCCCUAUUCCUCAGAAAAUAAAUGUUACACUUUUUCAAAACUAAUAUAAAUGCGAUCUAUUUAGUUAGUUAACGUUAAGAACUCAUAGUUUAUAUAUUUCUAGUUUGUUUAUAUGCUAAAUGAGCUUAUAUCAAGUUUUUCAAGUUCGAAAAGUUUUUCCUAAGUUUUCUUUGACAAAUUACAAAUUAAUUUAAUUAGUUUAAUGGUAAUUAUCUUUUUUUAUAAUAUUAAGUUCUUCUACAUGCUUGUAGCUUUCUAAAAAUAUUUUGUUUUUAUUUUUAUUUUUCUUACUUUUUUUACGGUACGAGUUCAAAUUUAGAAUUUAAAUUUGAGAGUUUGCCGUAAACCGUAUAUAUGUGUACGCAAAUUUUUAUUUUGAGCUUUAAGUUAAGAGAUAACCUCGAAAAACAAAAUAGUAUAUAAUCGAUAUUGGCAUCUUUUCUCUACAUAGUACGCGUAUAGAUUGUACAUAUGCAUUUAUUAUGUAUAAUAAAUGCAGACAUAGUGACUUACGAAGGAUGUCCUACGAGUUGCGCGCGCAUCCCUUAGGGGCACUGUCAUACGGUGCGAGCACGAUGCAGCCCGACGAGGAAAUUCAGUAUGCACCGAGAAGCCGGCCAGUGAGCUUUUACGAUAAUUAUAAGGACGUACCGGUGAUGAUGCCGCCUUGCGUUACUUCCACCAUGAGCGUGGGCAAUCUGAACCAGGUCCGUGAAGGCAAUGGCACGUCCACUUUAUCUCAGAGCAACAACAAUACCAUCAGUGGUAGUAAUAACAACAAUAUGAAUAACAAUAGAGUUAGCAACGCUGUCAGCGCGGGCAACGUAUCCAAGAUUCACGCUGUCAAAGUCACGGGUGCGGUGUCAACCGGGAAUAUCGGACGAGUCGGUCGUGGCGACAAAGAAAAAGAGAAGGAGCUCGGUCGUGCGCCGUCGAUGGCGAACUGCUUGUCAACCACGGUGCCCGUCAAUUUGGCAGCCUCUCAAAUAGCGGGUCGCCACACUCCCACGAGAAAUUCUUUGAGGCACAGCAGGAUGAUCGUGAUGCAUCGGACCGGCCAUCGUUUACUUUCAGGUCCCGAGAAAUUUUUACCUCCUCUGCUUUAUCAUCAACGAUUAGCCAGAUGUCUGGCAACGGUGCAGACCAUCCUCGGCGUUGCGAUAAUCGCUUUGUCGUUGUGGCUGUUGCUUUGGGCACCGCAUCUACCCAUCGUGGACAAUCCGUAUUGGAGCGGCGCGCCUCUCUUGAUGUCAGGGACUUUCGGAAUUUGUCUCCUGUGCUGCUUCAAGAAGGAAUAUCCAAGCAUGAGUCCUGGAUUUUGUUUUUCCCUCACGAAGAUGGUUAGCGUGUUUCUGGCAUUUAUGGCAACAGUUGCGUGUAUAAGCGCGUGCGCAUCUUCCGCGAUGCACUUGUCGCGUCUUAUGGGACUGGAAUGCACUCCGGCGCGGGUACUGAAUGCCACGUGCGUAUGCAGGCCACGCGAUAAACCGCCUGAUUCAUUCGAAGGUGCAGUGAGGUACGUGGAUCUCAAUUGUCCCGAGGUAGAAAAUAUCCUGACGAUCCUCCUCAUUUUUUCGUGUACCUGCAACGGAUUGGGUGCCUUGAUAGCGGGAUGGUAUGCAUACCUUCAUUGGAGCAGGCGACACAAGAGGCCAAAGUAUAUGCAAGUCAGAACCAAUACCAUCCCCAGGAACAACCCACUCAACAGUAGACCAAUCUACAAGUCGAACCUGGAAGAACGAUGACGCUUACAAAUACCGUAAUGAACGAAGCGCUUCCGUUUUCUCGUGAUCCGCCAAUAUCUUUCAUACGUUUAUUAGUAUGAUUACCUUUAGAUGUUGACGAAGAGAUACAGUUGUAAAUAAAUUUUACUUUGCAUUAAUUUGAUAAUACAGCCAUUCUAAUAAACAAAAUGCUGAAACGAUUUGCUCUGAGAAGCGAAAUGUCUACAUGUAAACAUUAUGGUUUUUAUUUUCUCAUUAUUAUCAUUCUACCAAGAUAAUGAUGUAUUGUCAUUAUAUCAAUUAUUCUUUAAUUAAAUAAUAAUAACUUUAUAAUUUUACAAUUCUAGAAAGGAUUACAUAAUAAAUGCUGGAAAAGAAACAUAACUGAAAAUAAUGCAUAUCAUUAAUUAAUUAAUAAUGAUGAUGUCGAAAUACAAUGAUCAAAUGCGAUUAAUCAUUGAGUGAUAGGCCGACUUAAUAAUUCUCAGGCUUGUUACUUAGUGCUCAAUUCUUCAUUACGUAAAGGUAUUACGCUCAGUAUUUAAUGUCUGUAUUUAUGUGUGCAUGCGUCUGACAGUGCGUUUGUCUUCCAACGUAAACAAUUUACGGAAAGAAAAUCAAUAUACCAUUUACAUUAGGAAUAAGAUUUAUAAAUUAAAUGAAUAUAAUACCUCAAAUUACUGGAAUGUUUUAAUAUUAAAAUAUUCACAUUCAUCUUUUACACGUCACCUUAGGUAUUUUUUGUGAAAUAUUAUAAUAUCAAGUAGAAAUGAUAUGUUUUGUGGAAAAUAAGCUUGUGAUAAGUAAAUUUCAUAUUAAAUUAUACAUGAUAGUACUCAAAUUAGUAUAGAAAAAAUAUUAUUGAAACGCUUUCUACAUUUGAUAUGAUAUAAUGACAUUUUUUAUAUAAAAGAGUGAUACGAAAGAAAAAAAAUAUUAACAUCAUAGAUGUAUGCAACAGUUCUAUCUGAUUUUACUAUUAAUAUAAAUUUUUUUGUACUA